CAGAGUUUGACUCGUUGAAUAUCAUCACAAACACGCGAUGAAAGGAUUUGACCUUGACACAUGCGCGUGCCUGAAGGUCAUGUACUUGGUACUCACCUGUAGAUGGCUUGCUCUACCUGAGACUACAGCUCAGUACACACACCAAGGCGACCACUUCCUCCUCCAGAUCCCCUACGUCACACGGACUCAGCUGGACCUCUACCCCCUGACCCUUGACCCCCACCCCUUUGACGUAAACCUCUACACGACCCACCUAGAGACCCCUAUCACAAUGGAGCUGCGGAUCGAGAGAUCAAAGGUCAACAAGUUCACGGUCAACGCGACUGACCUACGUAUGCAGUCAGGCAGUACCUGGUCGUUGACCUUGAAGAGCCGCGGGGGUCAGAAGUUCGUGCUGUUCGUCCACGCCCUGUCCCCAGCCCGGGACACGGUCCUAAGCCAGAUGCUGGCAGUUCCAGUUGAGGCUUUCGGUCUGCUAUACAUCGUCCGUCCUCCCAAUCACCACGCCAGUAUCGUGGUAGUGGCGACAGAAGAUGACACUAACAUAAUCAGCAGAGUACAAAGAAUCAGAGGAUUCGACAAUGCAUAUGACCCUGAACGACUUAACUUUAUGUUAAGAAGGGAAGAGGCCUACACGCUGACCUUGAACUGCCGCCCCACGUCGCUAGACAACCACGUCAUUCGAGUGUAA